AUGCACAAAGCAUCUUCUGGGUCUCUACAGGCGAAUCAUUCAACUCGAUUACGAAACCCUACUGAUUUCAACGCACCUUCUCCCACGGUCGCGAGCCCCGAUAUCUUUCUGCAAAGCGCUUCGAUGCUCUCGAAAUCUUCAUCUACCAACCAGUCUCUGCUUUCCCUCGAUCGGAAUGGCGAGACUGGUCAGAAAGCCCAGACGACCCCAUCUGUUGAAUUUCUGCCUUCGACCAGCUUCGACGAUCUGCAGAGCAGCAUCGAGUCUGCCUCAAACAACUUGAAGUUUAGACGACCCCCUUCACCAAUAGGAGACGGCAACGCACCACGCCCCUUGGCGAAUUCGAGGGCUGCCAAGGCAAAGUCGGUCCAACCUCCGCCAAGAACGAGCCACGCCAAUCUACUAGGAGUAUCUGAUGUUGCUCCAGAACAAAAUCGCCUCUCUGCUCUGGCCCCCCGGUCCCCGCGGGUCGGUGUCAAGACAAGCACCCCGUCGUCUAGCAAACGGAUGUCUUUCAUGCCAGCCAGUCACGCCACAGGUCUUGGAGCUCGAACCAUUAGCCCAACUGACACGAGGAGGAUGAGGCGAUUAUCCACAAUGCCCAAAUCGCAAAGCUGGAAUGUGCUUGCAACUGAGCCGCCGCCGCCGCCGCCGCCACCACCCUCGUUAAAUAUGCGAGCCGAGUCUCGAUCUCCUUCUAUAAUACCACGCAAACCAUCCCUGACUCCUUCCUCCGCUCGCACCACUCCGGAUGUGAAUAAUAGGAAAUCAUACAGCUCCGGCCUGUCAAUAGGAUCGACAACCAGUUUCAACACUGUGAGAACUUCAACCGGGUCUAUUCAGCCACGCCUCCAGCCAUCCUCCUCGGUUACUAGGUUACCCACUCCAAAGAGCGCGAGCCUACACAGCAGUAUGCAAGGCGAAGAUGACGAAGAUGUUCCCCCUGUUCCUGCUAUUCCCAAAGCCUACGAAUCUCCAAAGGAAACCUCUGCCGAGACGUACUUUGUUGACUUGAAGAAGUCAAACCUGAGCGCCAUGGACUCGACAAGCAUCCAUAGCAACUCGACCGGCAGCAUAUCUAUGCAAGUGCACCCUGAGCCGAUCAAAGCCCAGCAGAAGGCGGCCGCCAGAAAGAGCUCCUAUGUGGGCAUUUCAAGCAUUGAGCACGAGAAAAAAAGCAGCCAAGGUAAAAAGCAGUUGGAGCCCCUCAGACUACCGCCUCUGAAUAUUGGGCCGCUGAGCUUCCCAACAGCAUCCAAAAGGAGCCACCAAGAUGCCUCGCAGCGCGACCUAAGCCCGCUACCCUCACGACAGAUACACAAAUCUCCGACAACCCCCAUGACCGCAUCCAGGAGCUCGUUCUUUUCCAAGUGCAACUUUGACGAGCCUAUCGAGCUCCCCUCACUGCGGAGCAGCACAUCCACUCACCUUAUCCGCCGCGUCACGCCGACGCCACCAGGCGGCAGUUCAUCUGAUUCUUCCAACUUUCCAGAACCGACGCCGAAGACGAGCAUUUCGCCAUUUCUAUCUUCCUCCCUUCCAAAGGGUGGUUUAGAACCCGGCCAGUUGAAGAGAUCCAGGACGGGAGGAGGCUUUGCUACCAUCACAGGGAGCUUCUUUGACGAUGGCAUCCAACAAAAGCCCGCUGGUCCCCGGCAAUUGCACAAGCACAAGCUAGAACACCAGUCUCUCCCACCGAAACCCCCCGUGCCAGAGCCCCAGGCGCCAGAGUGGGAGGAACGGGAGCCCCGAAGUCCCUCGUCCAAGACCUCCCUAAGAAGGAAACUAAGUUUGUCAUGGAAGCGUGACAAAAGCAAGGCCUCCGCUGAUGCCUUGGAAAACCCCGUCCCGCUGCCGCAGACAAAGCCAGAGAACAUGGUCCCACCCCGGAUCCCGGCUUCAGCAUCUGCUACGAUCAGUGGCUUUGCAGGCUCGAAGCAGGCGAAUCCAAGCGCUUCGGCGAGCGCAAGCUCAAGCCUUGCCGACAUGGAGUCUCGAAGGCGCAAGAGCUCUGCAGCAAGCCUGGUGAAUUACGGCACGAGGGAUCGCGUAAAGAGCGAUACCUGGAGUGCGUACAAGGAAGGUCAGGACUCUGUCACAAAGGCAUCGACGAGACAUGCCAGCGGCGGGUUGGCCAGUGGGUUGGCCGACAGAGCUGUCAAACCCAAGGCAUCAUCGACUGUUCUUCAAACCGUCGGCUCUUGGACUACAGAGCUGGACAAGGAUGACAAAGCAGCCGAAGAAGAGAUGCGCAAGUUGGGAUCCCGACGGAAAGAAACCGAGAUUGCCGGCAGAACAAUUGACGCCUUGAAGAAGCGAGCAACGCCAAAGGAGCGAGUUGGUCCUCAAGAUGCCAUCCGCAUCGCCAUCUUGAACCUUUAUGAGCGAGGCGAAAUCGUUGACUACAAGGACAUUUACUUUUGCGGAACCCAGAAUGCACGCAAAGUUGUGGGUGACUUGCAAUCGGAUUCGCCCAACUUUGGCUACGAUGACGAGCGUGGAGAUUACACCAUUGUACCUGGCGAUCAUCUCUCCUACAGAUACGAGAUUGUGGAUGUCCUGGGCAAGGGAAGCUUUGGACAAGUGGUGCGCUGCAUUGAUCACAAGCUUGGGGACCUUGUCGCGAUCAAAAUCAUCAGAAACAAGAAGCGGUUCCACCAGCAAGCGCUAGUUGAGGUUAACAUUCUUCAAAAGCUUCGCGAAUGGGAUCCCAAAAACAAACACAGCAUGGUCAACUUUACGCAAAGUUUCUAUUUCCGGGGACACUUGUGCAUCUCGACAGAACUUCUGGACAUGAACCUCUACGAGUUUAUCAAGGCGCACUCGUUCCGCGGGUUUUCUAUUCGAAUCAUUAGACGAUUCACAAAACAGAUUCUGACCUCGUUGGUACUGCUCAAGCAGCGCAAGGUCAUCCACUGCGACCUGAAACCCGAAAACAUUCUACUGAGGCACCCGCUGCACUCUGAAAUCAAGGUCAUUGAUUUCGGCUCGAGCUGCUUCGAGAACGAAAAGGUCUACACGUAUAUCCAGUCGAGAUUCUACCGAUCGCCCGAGGUGAUCCUGGGCAUGACGUACAGCAUGCCCAUCGACAUGUGGAGCGUGGGCUGCAUUCUGGCCGAGCUCUACACGGGAGUUCCCAUUUUUCCGGGGGAGAAUGAGCAGGAACAGCUCGCAUGCAUCAUGGAGGUAUUCGGACCACCAGAGAAGCAUCUCAUCGAGAAGAGCACGAGAAAGAAGCUUUUUUUCGAUUCCUUGGGCAAGCCGCGGCUCACAGUAUCGUCAAAGGGCAGAAGGCGUCGCCCGUCGUCCAAAACGCUGCCGCAAGUGCUGAAGUGUGACGAUGAAGCAUUCCUAGACUUUGUUGCGCGCUGCCUGCGGUGGGACCCGGAGAGGCGACUGCGGCCCGAGGACGCUGUCCGUCACGAGUUCAUAACGGGCCAGAAGACGGCCGCUGCGGCCGUUCCGAGACUGCCGGCAAGAGACGCGUCGCCGUGCAAGCGAACGCCGGCGAGCGCGAACCUGCGUCCACUGCCGGAUCCUCCCAGCAGCAGCGUUGCAGCAAAGAGCCUUGGGCAUCCGAUGAGAAGCGGCAUCAGCCCGCACAAGGCCGUUUCCGGCAUUUCGCGACGCACCUCGGGGGGGGUUACGGCGGCUACAGCAGCCAGCCUCAGCAGACGGACCAGCGCUGGGGGUUCCGUCAGUAGCAUCAGCAGUCUGCCUCGAGCGGCCGGCCGAACAGCUAGUGGGAAGCAGGACUUGGCGGCAGCAGGUGCAUCGGCAGCGAUGAGCCGACGAGGCUGA